AUGGGCAGGGUAAAGCUAGGACUGGUUCGAAUUCCAGCUGAGCCGUCAUUUUUGUCCGAUCUCGGAGAGAGGGUGAUGGAGCUCGAAAUGUGGAUAAUAUUGAUAACCUUCAUUCUUCAUCUAAUCACUGUGACAUUUGUUGUCGUUUCUAGUUUGGGAUGCUGUUGUAAGGCGAAGACUGAAAAAACGCAAACCGAAAAAAGCUUGCCAUCAAAGACGCUCAGUAGCAAAAGUGGCAAGGAAACUCCGGCGGAAGCAGCUGAAAAAGCGAAAUUGUCACAAUCAUCACACGGUGGUGAAAGAACCGAUAUUGGUGCAUCUUUGGGUUCUGAUAAUCCCCAGCUUCAAGCAAUUAUUUCCGAACCACCUGGUGAUGAAGUUUCGGAUAACUAUUUGGAAACGCUGGAAAAUGUUCUGGAGACUGCAUCAAAUUUCACGUGGGGUAUGAAAAAGCAUAUGGCAGCUGAUGAAGCGGCAUGGAAAGAGCUUGCGAAAAGGAUAACACUUCUGAAAACAGAGGGCUACGACGUCAGAGCUGGUACCAAAGAAGCAAAGCGUCGACGGCUAGCUUCAGUCAAUCAGUCAAGUCUUAUGGAAAAAGUUACCAAAAAGAGGAAGAAACGUGCGGAUGCAGGCGAUGGAGAUUAG